CCAGCUCCCCCCAGCCCAGGUUGGGCUCCGGCCAGAGCGCUUCCAGGCGGGAUAAUUGAAAGGAGCAGGGCAAGUCGCUCUUCAGGACAGAGCCAGGAGGGCGGCCCGGGGACCGCUAGGCACCCCCACGUCCUCACACUCACACACAAGUGACCCACUCCCACCCACACCCACACAAGUGACCCACACGCUCCCACACUCCCACUCGGUCCCUCUCGGUUCCCCUGACCCGCCCUUCGCUGCCCCCCACGUCCAGAAGGCAGGAUCGGGAGCUCGGCCCGGCCCGGCCCGAGGAGGAGAAGCCGCUGCCCCCCAGGGCCGCCCUUUGUGCGCGCAGGGGGCUCACCCCCUUCACAGUGUCCCGGGCCCUAUGGAGCCGGCCUGGACGCAGCGGCCGCUGGCGCUGCUGGCCCUCGUCACGCUGCUGGCCGCCAGAGCCGCUGCAGAUGUUCUGAUGGAAGACUGCUGCGCAGAUGGGCACAGGCUGGCCACCCAGAAACGAGACUGCUCGGUGCCCUACGCCUCGGAAUCCAAGGAGUGCAGAAUGGUGCAGGAGCAGUGUUGCCAGAACCAGCUGGAGGAGCUCCACUGUGCCACGGGCAUCAAUGUGGCCCACGAGGGGGAUGGCUGCGACGCCCACCAUGACAAUUCCAGUUUUGAAGCCAAGUUCAUCAAGAAAUGCUGUCACUGCUGCCUGCUGGGGAAGGCCGCCCAGGCCCAAGGCCAGAGCUGCGAGUAUAGCCUCAUGAUCGGCUACCAGUGUGGCCUGGUGUACCGGGCCUGCUGCGUCAAGGGCCAGGAGACCUCGGAGCUCGCACCUGGGGACGUUGCGCUGUCCUCGGACACCACUAAAAUUCCUGAGGCGGACAUCGUGGACCAAGAAGACCCCUAUCUGCAUGACCGAUGCCGAGGAGGGGGUCCCUGUACUCAGCAGUGCCGAGACACGGGAAGCGAGGUCGUCUGCUCCUGCUUUGUGGGCUAUCAGCUCUUGCCUGACGGGGUCUCCUGUGAAGAUACCAACGAGUGCAUCACUGGAACGCACAAUUGCCGAAUUGGGGAGAUAUGCAUCAAUACAGUGGGAGCUUUUCGUUGUCAAAGAGAGAGCAGCUGUGGGACAGGCUAUGAGCUCAUGGAAGAUAACACUUGCAAAGACAUCGAUGAGUGUGAGAGUGGGAUUCACAACUGCCUCCCUAGCUUCAUCUGUCAGAACACGCCGGGAUCGUUCCGCUGCAGACCCAAGCUCCAGUGUAGGAGUGGAUUCAUCCAGGAUGCGCUGGGCAACUGUAUCGAUAUCAAUGAAUGCUUAAGCAUCAGUGCUCCGUGUCCUAUUGGGCAGACGUGCAUCAACACUGAGGGUUCCUACACCUGCCAGAAGAACGUUCCCAACUGUGGCCGAGGCUACCAUCUCAACGAGGAAGGGAUCAGAUGUGUAGAUGUGGACGAGUGUUCCCCACCCGCGGAGCCCUGUGGAGCUGGACAUCUCUGCAUAAACACUCCAGGCAGUUUCCGCUGUGACUGCAAGGCGGGUUACUAUUUUGAUGGAAUCAGCAGGACAUGUGCAGAUAUCAACGAAUGCAGACGCUAUCCCGGGCGUCUCUGUGGCCACAAGUGUGAAAACACCCCCGGCUCCUAUCACUGCAGCUGCACAGUGGGCUUCAAGCUUUCUUCUGACGGGAGGUCAUGCGAAGACUUGAACGAAUGUAGCAGCAACCCCUGUAGCCAAGAGUGCGCCAACGUAUAUGGCUCAUACCAAUGUUACUGUCGCCGAGGUUACCAGCUCAGUGAUGUGGAUGGCAUCACGUGUGAAGACAUCGAUGAGUGCGCUCUGCCCACGGGAGGACACAUAUGCUCCUACAGGUGCAUCAACAUGCCUGGGAGUUUCCAGUGCCACUGCCCAUCGACAGGCUACAGGCUGGCAGCCAAUGGACGGAGCUGUCAGGACAUCGACGAGUGUGCUGCGGGCACCCACAACUGCUCCAUCAAUGCUACCUGCUUCAACAUUCAGGGCAGCUUCCGCUGCCUCUCCUUCAACUGCCCCGAAAACUAUCGCAGAUCUGGUGACACUCGCUGCGAGCGCUUGCCUUGUAAUGAGAAUCAGGAAUGCCCGAGGCUGCCCUUGAGAAUAACCCACUAUCAUCUCUCUUUCCCCACCACCAUCCAAGUGCCGGCUGUGAUUUUCCGCAUGGGCCCCUCCAGCGCCGUCCCUGGGGACCGCGUCUUCUUCACCAUCACCAGCGGGAACGAGGAGGGCUUUUUCACCACCCACAAAGUGGCCGCGCACAGUGGCGUGGUGGCUGUGCACAGGCCGAUCCCCGAGCCGCGGGACCUGCUCCUGACGGUGCAGAUGGAGCUGUCCCGCCACGGCGCCGUGAACACUUUUGUAGCCAAGCUCCACAUCUUCGUGACUGCGGAGCGCUGAGCGGGCGGGCGUAGGCGCCUCCCCCAGGCUCCGCCCCCUGCCCCCCCUUAAUAAAGCGUCCCGUCCUCCCCCAAUCCCCACCCCAACAGGGCCCUCUGGCCCCAACCUGCCCCCGAAAUUCCCGUCGCCGCCGAUCGGAGUUAGGGGGAAGGUUUGCGGAACUCUCUAACCACUAGUCCUGGUAGGUUGCCGGCCAGUUUGCAAAAGAGGAAGCUGAGGCUCCGAGGCGCCCCAAAGCCCAUCUAGGGGAGCGCAGAGUUGGAGCCGGAGCCGGAGCCGGAGCUGUGCCCUUCAGGCUCCCCGGUCCACUCUCUUCUCUGUCCCUGCCUCCUUGGAUGGUCUUUGGCGGGCACUGGCGUUGGCCCGGUCCCGGGGACAACCCGGAGGGGCGGGCCUCAGAGAGAUGCCCGCAGGCGCAGGCGGAGCCAGGCCAGGUCCGGGAUGUUCAAGCCCCGGCCCAGCCCCGCACUCUCUUUCAAGCAAAGCCUUUCUAGCUGUUAAGGGUAGCCCAGAACUGGUUCCCACCAGGCAAAACCUGCGAAGGGGCGGCUCAUCUCCGCGCGGGGGGUGGGAGGGGGUAGCCCCGGGGAGAGAGAGAGAGAGAGAGAGAGGAGGCUAGCUCUGGGGAGCCACUGGCAGGAAAACGAGGUCAAAUCCUGCCUCUGGCGCUUCCUAGCUGUGUGAUCCCGUAGGAAUCCUUUUACCAACCCGCUGAGCCUUAGUUUCCUCAUUUGCAAAAUGACCGUCAAUCCAGCAUCUACCUCCUAGGCUUGUUCCGGGGCCUGAGGGGAUACUGUGAGUAAAGCUAAGUGAAAGCAAAUUGGAAUUAAUGUUGUCACGUGUGUGAUCGAACGGAAUGCAGGGCCCAGGCCCCACAGGGGCAGUGGCUCAGGGUCGGGGGGGCGACCCGCAGUGGGGCUUAAUAAUGGAAUGAUUCUACUUGUUUCUUGGUGAAUCCUUUCUGAGCUCACAAUCUGUUGUUCUUUCUAAUAAAAUCACAGCAUUUUAAACCUGGGCA